GCCUUUGCGGCCGGCGCCGGGGUGAGGAGUUGCGCGCCGGUCCCUGGGCCUGAGCUCCGGCUCGGGCUGGGGCGCCUGCGAUGUCUCAAGAUGGCGGAGCUGGGCGAGUUAAAGCACAUGGUGAUGAGUUUCCGGGUGUCUGAGCUCCAGGUGCUCCUUGGCUUUGCUGGCCGGAACAAGAGUGGACGAAAGCACGAGCUCCUGGCCAAGGCUUUGCACCUCCUCAAGUCCAGCUGCGCCCCCAGCGUCCAGAUGAAGAUCAAAGAGCUCUACCGCCGGCGCUUCCCCCGGAAGACCCUGGGGCCCUCCGAUCUCUCCUUGCUCUCUCUGCCCCCUGGGGCCUCACCUGUGGGCUCCCCUGGUCCUCUAGCUCCCAUUCCUUCCACCCUUCUGGCCCCAGGCACCUUGCUUGGCCCCAAGCGUGAGGUGGACAUGCACCCCCCUCUGCCCCAGCCUGUGCACCCUGAUGUCACCAUGAAACCGUUGCCCUUCUACGAAGUCUACGCGGAGCUCAUCCGACCCACCACCCUCGCGUCCACGUCCAGCCAGCGGUUUGAGGAAGCGCACUUCACUUUCGCCCUCACUCCCCAGCAGGUGCAGCAGGUGCUCACGUCCAGAGAGGCUCUGCCGGGCGCAAAAUGCGAGUACGCCAUCCAAGUGCAGCUUCGGUUCUGUCUCUGUGAGACCAGCUGCCCCCAGGAGGAUUAUUUCCCCCCAAACCUCUUUGUCAAGGUCAAUGGGAAACUGUGUCCUCUACCGGGUUACCUGCCCCCCACCAAGAAUGGGGCUGAGCCAAAGAGGCCCAGCCGCCCCAUCAACAUCACGCCCCUGGCUCGACUGUCCGCCACUGUUCCUAACACCAUCGUGGUCAACUGGUCAUCGGAGUUUGGACGGAAUUACUCCUUGUCUGUGUACCUGGUGAGGCAGUUGACUGCAGGGACCCUUCUUCAAAAACUGCGAGCCAAGGGAAUCCGGAACCCAGACCAUUCGCGGGCUCUGAUCAAGGAGAAGCUGACUGCUGACCCUGACAGUGAGGUGGCCACAACGAGUCUCCGGGUGUCACUCAUGUGCCCGCUAGGGAAGAUGCGCCUGACUGUCCCGUGUCGAGCUCUCACCUGCGCCCACCUGCAGAGCUUUGAUGCCGCCCUUUAUCUACAAAUGAACGAGAAGAAGCCCACGUGGACGUGUCCUGUGUGUGACAAAAAGGCUCCCUACGAAUCGCUUAUCAUUGACGGUUUAUUCAUGGAAAUUCUUAAUUCCUGUUCGGAUUGUGAUGAGAUCCAGUUCAUGGAAGAUGGAUCCUGGUGUCCAAUGAAACCCAAGAAGGAGGCAUCUGAGGUUUGCCCCCCGCCAGGGUAUGGGCUGGAUGGCCUCCAGUAUAGUCCAGUCCAAGAGGGAGCUACAUCAGAGAGUAAGAAGAAGGUUGAGGUCAUUGACUUGACGAUCGAAAGCUCGUCAGAUGAGGAAGAUUUGCCCCCACCCAAGAAACACUGUCCUGUCACCUCAGCUGCCAUGGUGGCCCUGCCUGCAGGCAAAGGAGUCCUGACGUCCGGUCACCAGCCAUCGUCGGUACUGCGGAGCCCUGCAAUGGGCGCUCUGGGCAGUGACUUCCUGACCAGUCUUCCCCUCCACGAGUGCCCACCUGCCUUCCCGCUGGGGGCUGACAUCCAAGGGUUAGAUUUGUUUUCGUUCCUUCAGACUGAAAGUCAGCACUAUGGCCCUUCUGUCAUCACUUCCCUGGAUGAACAGGAUGCCCUUGGCCACUUCUUCCAGUACCGGGGGACCCCUUCCCACUUUCUGGGCCCACUGGCCCCCACGUUAGGAAGCUCUCACCGCAGCUCCACUCCAGCGCCCCCUCCUGGCCGUGUCAGCAGUAUUGUGGCUCCUGGGGGUGCCUUGAGGGAGGGUCAUGGAGGACCCCUGUCUUCAGGUCCCUCUUUGACUGGCUGUCGGUCAGACGUCAUUUCCUUGGACUGAGUUAACACUAAGCAAAUAUGCCAUGGAGUCCCAUCCCCUGGCCAUGCGGAUCCCUCAGAGGUCUUUGGUCAAAAAGGUCAGCGGGGCACGGCGGCACACGCCUUUCAUCCCAGCACUCGGGAGGCAGAGGCAGAGGUAGGAGGAUCACUGAGUUUGAGGCCACCCUGAGACUACAGAGUGAAUUAAUUCCAGGCCAGCCUGAGCUAGAGUGAGACCUUACCUCUAAAAACAAAAAAAAACAAACAAACAAGGUCAGACCUUUAUGAACACCUACUUUUGGCUUCAUCUCUGCCUAACAUAGCCAGCACCCAAAAGGUUAACAUUUAAUCUCCUUUUAAGGACACUGGGUUUGGUUUUGGAAAUGUUCUUUGAUGGUGGCACAUUCCUUGGCAUAUGUUAACCUAGGCAGUGGGAGACAAAUGGGUGAAGAGGGUUGGGGAAGGCAGAGCCCUUUCUCAUCCCUUACCAGAUCUGCAGCCUUUGGGGAAAGGGCCCUUUUCUGGCUCACUAGAUGCCCUUUCUUCCCUAACUGAAACAGCUGUUUCUGUUCACGUCCCUUUGGCCAUGCACACGGCGGCAAAACCGAGACAGGCAGCUUCAGUGACGGACAAAGAACUCUAUUUUCGGUUGCAGAUUUUUUUUUUGUACAUAAACAAAUAAAAAAAAAAAACCAAAAUACUCCAAAGAUGACUUCCCUUGCCUUUUACUUCCCAGUGUGACUGAGGAGACAGGGCCUUAGUUGUAAUCGCCAGGGGUUUGGGAGCAGGGAGGGGCCGGCCUGUAGCCGAGCCCCUCUAUUUAUAUAUUUAAGUUCACCGUGUUUCUUAUGCAGGCCUACGCUUCUAGAGGCUGUGGCCCUGUGAGCAGGCCUGGACCAUUCUGCACCUUUCCUGGGAGGUGGGUGGACCCUUGGGCUCUCCUUCCCAACCUUUUUUCCAGGCGCCCCCAGGGCCCAAGGAUUUAUGUUGUGAUUUCACUUUUUAUUCCCAAAGUUGUAACAAAGUCUUCACCCACAAUAAAAGAUUGUGAAUGUUC